AAAGACCCCCAGAUGAGCCUUCUGGCCGCCAGUCCCCCACCAUAGACCACGGCUCAGGCUGCGGACUGGUGUCUCUUCCCAGGGACGCUGUCCAUGCUGCAGUGCAACAUCUUCCCAGGGCUGCCACCCGACUUCCUGGACUCAGAGGUCAACUUGUUCCUCGUGCCCUUCAUGGACAGUGAAGCCGAGAGCGAGAACCCACCUCGAGCAGGGCCUGGUUCUAGUCCUCUUUUCUCGCUGCUGCCUGGGUACCGAGGCCACCCCAGCUUCCAGUCCUUGGUUAGCAAGCUCCGCAGUCAGGUGAUGUCCAUGGCGCGGCCUCAGCUGUCGCACACCAUCCUCACCGAGAAGAACUGGUAAGAGUUGUUUGGAGUGCAUUUGAGUGCCUGAAG